AUGAAUGAGAGCAUUACCCCCGAUGCUGGGGCCAUGGCCAUUGGCGCGCCUGAUUGGCUGGAGCAUGCACCUCGACGUGACCUAAUCAAGUACAUUCGCGAGUUGCAAUUGCAAAUUGCUGCUCUGGGUGGCAAAAACUUGCCCUCGGCCUCAGGCCGCAUGCGCUCCUCCAGAUCCCACACGACCUCAUCGGUCUCAACUCGGCAGAAGCAACGCGAAUCAGCAACAAGCCUCACAUCACACUCAUCAACAACAAGUGCUCACACCAUCAUGAGCCAGAGCAGCGAGGCCAAAGACGGUGCCUCCAUCAAGUCUCGCAAGAGCAACGACAGCGAGGAUCGCCGCAAGGCACCGGUGCCAUUGGCGCGACUGCGGUCGAUUGGCUCGAUGGACGAUGUGACCAACGGCAAUCUGAUGGGCGGAGCAGGAUUGCUGAGAAGAACAUCUUGCUCACUCUCACUGUGUUCGCCCGCUGCGUCGUGUGUUUCACUCUCACUGACUUCGCCAAGUGGGGCUGAGUUUGCAUGCUCACUGUGUUCGACAGGAUGUGAAAUGGCAGCGGGCAAAAUGGCAGUGGCAGGGGGUGAAGCCGAGGGCGGAGAGGGAUCGGAAUGGGUUUGUUGUGUACCCGAUGGAUAUGGCAGCACCAUUUGA